UCAAAUGCAUCACGGGAAUGUGCAUGUUUUGUUUCACUUUUGAUAAGCAUCCCUCUCUGGAGUAACCGAAUGAAACGUCGGAUAAAAAUUGUACAUGUCGAAGACCCUUUUUAAUAGUAGCCUAGACUAUUGCAAUGUAUGCUGAAGCGGUAUCAUGGACAAAGAUGGUGUGCUCACAAACUCAACUUUAACAAAUAGACAACGCGGAAACGAAGCUACAGUUCGACCAGCUACUUUGGACAACCUCUCUAUACACCAGUUGGCAGCGCAAGGUGACAUUCCACAAGUGACUAUCCAUCUUACCAAAGAAGGUGCCUUGCUGAACAGCACUGAUAAGCGUGGAUACACUCCUCUUAUGUGGGCUGCAGCUUUUGGUGAAAUUGACAUGGUAAAAUUCCUUAUGGAAAAAGGGGCAGAUCCCAAAGUUCUUGCACGCGAGCGGGAAAGUGCCUUGACUUUAGCCAGCUCUAGAGGCUAUGCUGACAUUGUUACUCUUCUUCUGAAAAAGGGCGUUGAUAUAGACUCUUAUGAUUGGAAUGGAGGCACUCCCCUUUUGUAUGCUGUGAGAGGUAACCAUGUGGGGUGCGUAGUUGCCCUUUUAGCUGGUGGUGCUGAUCUCACCUUUGAGGCAGAUUCUGGGUAUAACCCAAUGGACUUGGCUGUCGCUUUGGGGCACAAAGAAGCUCAAAAGGCCAUUGAGGAUCACAUUCUGAAGUUACUAGGUUACAAACCCAAAAAUGAAAAGACACCAUAAUUUGUGGACUCGAGGGUAGUGGAUGGGCAGCUACAGCGCUGACUGAGACUGGAAGGAGGAAUACAAGCAGGGACCAAUAACCAUAACCAAAAUACAAAACUUGUGUUUAUUUUAUUUUUCUAUGAUCAGCUUGGUUUUAAAGUUGGCCUUGGAGGUGAAAAAGAUGUGUACAUUUUUCUUUAAAUAAUAAAGGCACUCUUGAUGGGUGAUUAUUUUACCAUAA